AUGCGCAUCGCGUCUUGGCGGCAGCUGCAGCAGUGGGAGACGGAGGAGGAGGAGGAGCAGGGGACGGUUCACACACCCGCCACCCCCAUACCCGCCACCCCGCAGUUGCACCCACACCCGCCACCCCCAUACCCUCCCCCACUGCUGUACCUGCAGCAGGGGAUGGAGGAGAAGGGGGAGGGGGGGGGGGCGGGGGGGGGGCUGGUGCUGCAGAUCCCCUCCCCCCCACUGCUGCACCCGCAGCAGGGGGAGGUAGGAGAAGGGAGGGGGGGGGGGGGGGGGUGGGGCGGGGGGGGGGCUGGUGCUGCAGAUCCCCUCCCCCCCACUGCUGCACCCGCAGCAGGGGGAGGUAGGAGAAGGGGGGGGGGGGGAGGGGCUGGUGCCGCAGAUCCCCUUCCCCCCCCACUGCUGCACCCGCAGCAGGGGGGAGGUAGGAGAAGGGGCGGUGCAGGAGCCGCUCGGGCGACAACAGGUUGGCCACACCCACCACCCCCAUACCCUCCCCCACUGCUGCACCUGCAGCAGAGAGACGGAGGAGAAGGGGGGGGGCGGGGGGGGGGGGGGGGGGCUGGAGCUGCAGAUCCCCUCCCCCCCACCGCCACACCCGCAGCAGGGGGAUGGAGGAGAAGGGGGGGGGCAGGGGGGGGGGGGGGCGGUACAGGAGCCGCUCGGGCGACAGCAGGGGGAUGGCAGAUCCCUUCCCCCCCACUGCUGCACCCGCAGCAGGGGGAGGGCACCGGGGCCGCGGUUAGGGGCGGCAGGUCGCGAGGGGCCAUGGCUAGGGGCGACGGGGCCAUGGCUAGGGACGGGGCCGGGCGAUGGGCAGGUACGGGGCCAGGCGCUGGGCAGGGACUGGGCCGGGCGCUGGCAGGUACGGGGCCGGGCGCUGGGCAGGUACGGGGCCGGGCGCUGGGCAGGUACGGGGCCGGGCGCUGGGCAGGUACGGGGCCGGGCGCUGGGCAGGUACAGGGCCGGGCGCUGGGCAGGUACGGGGCCGGGCGCCGGGCAGGUACGGGGCCGGGCGCUGGGCAGGUACGGGGCCGGGUGCUGGGCAGGUACGGGGCCAGGCGCUGGGCAGGUACUGGGCCGGGCGCUGGGCAGGUACGGGGCCAGGCGCUGGGCAGUUACGGGGCCGGGCGCUGGGCAGGUACGGGGCCUGGCGCUGGGCAGGUACGGGGCCGGGCGCUGGGCGCGGAAUGGGGCCGGGCGCGGGGCUAG